CACGAGCAAGUGACAGCUCUCUACAGCAGGAUCACAUCUAUGACCUUUCGGUAGUGAUCGGACAACCCCAGGGUGUUCCAGAUCACGGUUCAAUUUGGCAGAAGCUGCUUGCACCUGCCAGAAGUAGAAGCUAGGAAGGCUAAUACGAAAUGGCAGUGAAUCAAUCAGCCUCUGGACCUCACUGGCUUGCGAAGGACCCCAGCAAAAGGUGGACAGAGGUGCUCAUCCUGGCGUACAGCCCGUUCUGGAUUAUAUGGGCCUUGGUGCUGUUGGUCCCCUUCCAGAUUUAUGAGUACUGCGGCAAUUAUGGCUACAUGUUGAUCGGGCUAUCCUGUGCAGCUCCGACAGUUAUAUUGCCUCUCUUCAUACGCUGCAAGGCCGACCAGGGCAAGCCCAUGUGGCAGCGAUUCUGGGUCAAGGCCAACAUUUGGAUCUUUAUCUUCAGUUUUAUCGGGAACUAUUUUUGGACGCACUACUUCUACAAGGUGUUGGGCGCAUCGUACACAUUCGUAUCCUGGCGGAUCAAUGACGUUCCCAUCACGCUUAUUCUGAUGACCCAUGGAUACUUCUGCUUUUACCACGUUAUAUCCAACCUGCUGCUACGCCGGGUCCAGACGGGCCUUGCGAAGAGCUCUUUGCUGGUACGGCGAAGCGCCAUGGCGCUAGUCGUUUUCCUGCUAUCAUACGCUACUGCCUACGCAGAAACGCUGACGAUUGCCCACUUCCCGUACUACACCUUUGUGGAUCGGGACAAGAUGUACACGGUGGGCUCGUUAUUCUAUGCCAUUUACUUCUUUGUCUCCUUCCCCAUGUUCUUCCGUAUGGACGAGUACCCGCAAAAGAGGGGCGCCAAGUGGACCUCCAGUGAGGCGGCUCUGGAUGCCCUGGCGGCUGGCAUGCUGGUCACCAUCCUGCUGGACCUGUGGCGCAUCACCCUGGGGGGCAUCGUGGAGCUCAAGGAUCAGGGCCUGCCAUGGAUGUAA